CGUAUGUGCCGCAACUCUGGCAUGCCAUGCAGGUACUUGGUGAAGUCGUCAACACCUUGUUUGUCGAUUUUGCCAGUCUCUCGCAAGUUUGGCUGUUAUUAAUCGCGGUACAGAGAAGCUCAGCGGUUGCCUUGCGGUUUUUGAGGGCGUCGUCGAAGAGUAGUAGCCAGCAGGGGUCUUCUUCCAACUCCAAGAAGGACAAAACAAAGACGGCAACCAGCGACACUUACGAGCAAGAAGAGCGGGAUGAGCAGUACAUAUUUUACCUACUGCAGACGUUGAAGGAAGUGACGUUUUUAGCUUAUACAGGUGUCGCAAAGGCAUCCCAAUUGCUGGACAGCAACGCCUUAGAACUGUCCACCAAGACACCAAAAACCGACAACGAUGAGAGUUUUGGAAGCCUACGGAUAUUGUUAGCGACGUUGGUCGCAGAUGAGUAUGAUUUAUGGUUGAUGGACCAACCAGUGAGUGAAGGUGCUGAUAUGGAC